AUGCCUCUCCACAUUAACGAAGAGAACUAUAAAAGUUUUACUUUGGUUUUGGGAAAGGUGGAGGGGGAAAGGGAUGGUAGCCAUAAUGGGGAACAUAAUGGAGAACACAAGAAGAAGUGGUGGAUAAGGUAUUAUCUUACUUUAGAACUUAAGUUAAAGAUGAAAAAGGUUGUCUCCGCCGCUAACCAGCCCCUCGCCCGCACUUCCUGUGGCACAGAGGGAUUCCGGAAUGCCAAGAAGGCCACGGGCAUAGCCGCACAAACAGCAGGCAUAGCUGCCGCGGUGAAAGCUGCAGGCAAGGGCGUGACCCACGUCCGAGUGGUUGUGAAGGGCCUGGGCCCAGGGCGCUUGUCUGCCAUCAAGGGACUCACCAUGGGGGGCGUGGAAGUGAUCUCAAUCACAGACAACACCCCCAUCCCGCACAACGGCUGCCGCCCCAGGAAGGCUCGGAGGCUGUGAUGGAAAGGAAGCCUGUCCCUGAACUGUCCUCAAGUCCCAUCUCCAGCUGGACAGCAUGUCGGAGCUCUCUCUGGAGCCGGGCUUGCUGGAGAACCCUCAGGGAGCAAGGGGGAGCUUUGCCCCCUCUCAUGAUGGCCUUGCUUGUUCCUUCAACUGGAGACCUGUGUCCAGAAGGGACUCAAGAGGACCCCCAGGGCAGCUGCAGCCCAGACUCCGCAACCAGUAAACGCUGCCUCUGCUCUGCAGAAAUAAAACGCUUUCUACCA